AAAAAUUUCUGAAAACAGGAAAGGGAAUAAUGAAUAUAUUAGAAGAAAACAUUUAAAAUAUAAUAUUAAAUGAAAAGGGGAAAACCCGUAUUGAAUCCCUGCCAAAGCUUCAUCUUGAUUCUUUUCGCUUUCUUGCAACUUCCCUCGAGAGAAUCCGAAUCGAACCGAACAGUUUCACCCAAACCAUUCCAUCUCGGGUUUCUGAUCUGUCUCCCUCGCUUCUCCGAUUGCAGCUCCUCCAAUCGCGCGGCGAUCUCGUGUAGUGGGCAGAAGGCAAGGGAUGUCAGGGUUCCAUGUGGGAGGGAAAGUGGUGGAGAACGUUGAUUUGUUGAGGAAGAGGCACUGGGCAUGGAGAUUGUACAUAUGGCCUUUUGCUAUUAUAUAUGUUGUGUGGUUAACUACCAUUGUUCCCAGCAUAGACAUUGGGGACGCUACCAUUGUUUUGGGUGGACUUGUAGCCCUUCACAUUCUGGUCUGGCUGUUCACGGCUUGGUCCGUCGAUUUCAAAUGCUUUGUCCAAUAUAAUAAGGUUUAUGAUAUUCACCAAGCUGAUGCAUGCAAGAUUACUCCGGCCAAAUUUUCUGGUUCUAAAGAAGUAGUGCCUCUUCAUUUUCGUAAAUUACCAGCAGGUUCUUCAUCUACGGUGGAUUGGGAAGAGAUAUACUUUGAUUUCAGAAAGCAAUGCUUCAUCUAUUCAAGGGAAACGAAGACCUUUUUCAAGCUUACUUACCCUACCAAGGAAACAAUUGGACACUAUCUUAAAAGUACUGGCCAUGGCUCUGAAGCAAAAGUUGCUGCUGCUACUGAAAAAUGGGGACGGAAUGUAUUUGAUUACCCGCAACCUACCUUCCAGAAAUUAAUGAAAGAGCACUGCAUGGAACCCUUUUUUGUAUUUCAGGUGUUCUGUGUGGGUCUAUGGUGUUUGGAUGAGUAUUGGUAUUAUAGUUUGUUCACCCUAUUUAUGCUGUUUAUGUUCGAGUCAACAAUGGCAAAAAGUCGGCUAAAGACCUUGACUGAGCUAAGGCGUGUUAGAGUGGAGGGCCAGACCCUAAUGGUGUAUCGAUGUGGGAAGUGGGUUAAACUAUCUGGAACUGAUUUAUUGCCCGGGGAUGUUGUCUCUACUGGGCGCUCUUCUGUUCCAAAUGGAGAAGAUAAAUCUGUGCCAGCAGACAUGCUUAUAAUAGCUGGCAGUGCUAUUGUGAAUGAAGCCAUUCUAACAGGCGAGUCUACCCCACAAUGGAAGGUUUCAAUCAUGGGAAGAGGAAGCGAAGAGAAGCUAUCAAUUAAGAGAGAUAAAAACCAUGUUUUAUUUGGUGGGACUAAGAUAUUGCAGCAUACUCCUGAUAAGACAUUUCCUCUGAAGACUCCUGAUGGUGGCUGUAUAGCCAUUGUUCUGAGAACUGGAUUUGAAACAAGUCAGGGAAAAUUGAUGCGAACAAUUUUAUUUUCUACAGAGAGGGUUACUGCUAAUAGCUGGGAAAGUGGGCUGUUCAUUUUAUUUCUAGUCAUAUUUGCAGUAAUCGCUGCUGGUUAUGUACUUAAAAAGGGGCUAGAGGAUCCCACGAGGAGCAAGUACAAGCUUAUGUUGAGUUGUUCACUUAUUAUUACUUCUGUGAUUCCUCCUGAGCUGCCAAUGGAAUUAUCAAUAGCUGUUAAUACAUCUCUGAUUGCUUUGGCACGGCGUGGAAUAUUUUGUACAGAGCCAUUCCGAAUUCCAUUUGCUGGGAAGGUUGAUAUAUGUUGUUUUGACAAAACUGGAACACUUACAUCGGAUGACAUGGAGUUCUGUGGAGUUGGUGGGUUAACAGGUCGUGUGGAUUUAGAAUAUGAUGUGUCUAAAGUACCUGAGCGCACAGUGGAAAUUUUGGCUUCUUGUCAUGCCCUUGUUUUUGUUGACAACAAGUUGGUAGGUGAUCCUUUGGAGAAGGCCGCACUUAAGGGAAUCGAUUGGAGUUACAAAUCGGAUGAGAAGGCCAUGCCAAAAAAAGGAAGUGGCAAUGCUGUUCAGAUUGUUCAGCGACAUCACUUUGCAUCCCACCUGAAACGAAUGGCAGUUGUUGUUCGCAUUCAGGAGGAAUUUUUUGGCUUUGUGAAGGGUGCCCCCGAAACUAUACAGGAUAGACUCAUUGAUGUGCCAUCAUCAUAUGUUGAGACGUAUAAGAAAUAUACUCGUCAAGGGUCUCGUGUCCUAUCUCUUGCUUUCAAGUCCCUUCCCGACAUGGCAGUUAGUGAAGCUCGAAGCUUGGAUAGAGAUAUAGUGGAGAGUGGCCUUACUUUUGCUGGUUUUGCUGUAUUCAACUGUCCUAUUAGAUCUGAUUCAGCCAGUGUGUUGUCUGAACUAAAAGGAUCGUCACAUGACUUGGUGAUGAUUACUGGAGACCAAGCUUUGACAGCUUGUCAUGUUGCUAGCCAAGUCCGUAUUAUAUCAAAACCAGCAUUGAUUCUUGGGCCAGCAAGGAAUGGAGAUGGGUAUGAGUGGAUAUCCCCUGAUGAGGCAGAAAUUAUUCAGUACAGUGAUAAAGAGGUUGAAGCCUUAUCAGAGAUUUAUGAUCUCUGUAUUGGUGGGGACUGCAUUGAAAUGUUGCAACGGACCUCAGCUGUUCUGCGUGUGAUUCCUUAUGUGAAGGUUUUUGCAAGGGUUGCUCCUGACCAAAAAGAACUAAUCUUGACCACUUUCAAAAUGGUCGGAAGGAUUACAUUGAUGUGUGGGGAUGGAACCAAUGAUGUUGGGGCUCUGAAGCAGGCCAAUGUUGGAGUUGCUCUAUUGAAUGCAGUGCCUCCAAGUCAAAGUGGAAAAUCUUCCUCUGAAACAUCUAAGGAUGAAAAUACAGAGUCUGUCAAGUCAAAAAAAUCUAAGCCCACAUUAGAAGCAACUGGAAAAGCUUUGAUUUUGAAUGGAGAAGGCUCUUCAAAAGGUAAAGGUACCUCAAGAUCAGAUACGACCAACGUUUCUUCUAGUAAUCGCCAUCUGACUGCUGCUGAGAUUCAACGACGAAAGCUGAAGAAGCUGAUGGAUGAGCUAAACGAAGAGGGUGAUGGUCACUCAGCUCCCAUUGUCAAGCUUGGCGAUGCCUCUAUGGCAUCACCAUUUACUGCAAAGCAUGCAUCAGUUGCCCCCACCAUGGACAUAAUUCGUCAGGGUCGCAGUACUCUGGUUACUACCCUACAAAUGUUCAAAAUACUUGGUCUUAACUGCCUUGCUACAGCCUAUGUCUUGAGUGUCAUGUAUUUGGAUGGUGUCAAACUUGGAGAUGUUCAGGCUACUAUCAGUGGCGUAUUUACUGCUGCCUUUUUCCUGUUUAUCUCGCAUGCCCGCCCCCUUCCCACUCUUUCAGCUACACGUCCCCACCCCAAUGUCUUUUGCUCCUACGUCUUCCUUUCGCUCAUGGGACAGUUUGCGAUGCACCUAUUUUUCUUGAUUUUUUCUGUGAAGGAGGCCGAGAAAUACAUGCCUGAGGAGUGUAUCGAGCCUGACUCUAAUUUUCAUCCCAACCUUGUGAAUACAGUUUCAUACAUGGUUAGCAUGAUGCUCCAGGUGGCGACCUUUGCUGUGAACUACAUGGGGCAUCCUUUUAACCAGAGCAUCUCGGAAAACAAGCCAUUUUUGUAUGCCCUCUUGGGUGCUGUUGGUUUUUUCACAGUUAUAACUUCUGAUCUGUUUAGGGACUUGAAUGACUGGUUGAAGUUGGUGCCUUUGCCUGUGGGAUUAAGGAAUAAGCUAAUGGUUUGGGCUUUUCUCUUAUUUCUGUGCUGCUACUCCUGGGAGAGACUCUUGAGGUUGGCUUUCCCCGGUAAGAUUCCAUCCUGGAAGAAGCGACAGCAGGUUGCUACAGCUAAUUUAGAAAAGAAGAAACAUGCCUGAUUGAAUGAAGAUUUUAUGGAGGUGGAAAGAACUGCACUGAUCUUCAUUUUAAUGGCUGUGACCAGUGCUGACGUCAGUCAUCAAAAGGCAGGGACCGUGAAAGGGAUAUCUCUGAAUGGCUUUCCUUAUGUGACAAUUUUGCAAUUUAAGUAUGUUUCCCUCGUCUAGUGGAAAAUUCUAUCAAAAAAAAUUGAGUGAUCUAUAUGUUGUAGAGAAAAUGACGUUCAGGACUAGUGCCUCGUCAACAACAAUGAUUUGAGAUGGUUUUUGACGUAGGAGAUUCAUAGUGGAUAGUUUAAGCUUUCAACAGUUGUACUUCACAUAAAUGCUACAUUCAGCAAUUGUGUUACGAUUAAAAAAGUAUUUGAUCCAGAGAUUUUAUCUUUCAAUCCU